AUGAAAGUUAAGGCUUUUGUGGAACAUGAAGCAGAGACAAACGGUGAACCCGAGAAUGAUGAUGGAUCAGCAAAAGGCGACUCUUGUGCUGAAAAGCUACCUUAUGAAAAAGUUGACAAACUUACGGAGAAGAACGAGGCUGGUGGGAAGGAGAGUGAGGGAGAUGGUGCUGAUGAUGAGAUGUGUGCUCUGCAGGACGUACUCGAGACGACGACAAUGUUUCAGAAUCUAAGUAAGCAUGCACAGAAGCUGAUGCUUCAGAAGUUGAAGACCCUUGGAGGUAAGGAAAGGAAAGAGUUGAGCGACGAAUGGAAGGCAUUACUUGUGCAAGAGUUGCUAUUGAUGAGCAAGAAACAAACUUUUGCUGCCAAACUCGCAAAGGCAGCAUCGCAUAAUUAG